AUGAUAGAAUGUUUUACAAAACUUCCUUUAAACAGUUUUUAAUAAUAACUCUAUAUUUUUUAUAAGUUUUAACUUAACUAAGAAUGUACUAUGUUUGUAAGGGAUGCGAUAAUUGCUGUCGUAGCUGUUGUAGAUGUUGCGAAGUAAAUAAAUUCAUAUAACUGCAAGGAAUGUUGUGGAGAAUGUUGCGAUGCAAUUUCAAAUUGUUUUUCUACACCUUUCUCAUUCUGUACUUUCAUUACUUUUUUUGUCUCAAUAAUUCCAUUCAUCAUAAUGGUAGUGUCAUUAAUACAGAGUUCUGAUUUUGAUUGUCAAGAAAACAUAAAGACUUUUCUUAUAAUUUAGGGGAUCAAUAAUUUGGUAAACUUUUUGUUCUGUCUCUACAUAACAUUUCAUUAUGGCUAUUAUGGUAAAUAUAAAGUGGAAAACUAAAAAACAUUUUGGGAGCAAACAGUGGAUCUAAUCUUAUAUGAUUGGUUCGUUUGCAUAUACAUAUUUGCACUAAUCUUCUUUGUAAUUUGGCUCAUAAUAUGUUUCUCAGCUGCAAAUAAUGAGCCUGAUAUCUCCCCUUGUCGACAAGAAAAUAAUGGGUUCCUAAUGACUGCAUUAACAAUCAACUUGAUCUGCAUGAUUGUGUACCUAAUAGUUGGAUUUUUGAUUUUUAUCAUAACUGUCAUUUUGUACUCUUGUGAUGAUGGCAGUUGUAGUUGCGGAGGCUGUUUCAGAUGUUGUUGUUUAAUUAUGACCUGUGGAUUGUGCGAUGUGGGAAAGGACAAGAAGAAAUACUCAAAGGAAUACACGGAACAAAAAAAGGCUAAGUACAAUGAAGGAAGAAAGGGAUGGUUGCAAUCUGGAAAGAGAUUAUUUGGAUUUCUCUCUCUCGGAAGAGCAAAUCCUAGAAUGAACUAAAUGAAUACAAACAUGGAUCAAUAAUAAUAAAAUCAAUACUAUCAACCACCAUAACAGUAGCCAAACUAUCAAUAAGCGAGACCUGUUCAUCAGGAUAGAUCAUUCUUCGAUAAAUUGUCAGAUUGUUUCAAGAGCAAUGAUAAUAACAAUCCACCUCCACCAAGACCUCAAUAAUAGCAGUAUCAACAACAAGUGUACAUCUAGUAACAACCCAACAUUCCGUAGACGAACAAUUAUCAAUAGCCAUAUCAACAAGCUUAUCAAUAACCUUAUCAAUAUUAAUAACAGCCAUAUCAACAAUAGCAGUAUUCAUAGCCACCGUAAUACCAACCUAAUUAUUAAUAUCCUUAGCAACAAUAAAAUGGAUGGGGAAAAUGA